UUCUUUCAGAUGUCAGACGUGAAGGCAUUUCUCUACGAGAUAUGCAUCCCACUAAUCGGAAUACUAUGUGUCUUAGCUGCAGUUCUGAACACCGCUGUAUUCCUGUCCAGAUUUCAUGUGAAAUCACGAUCAGCCACCUUGGAACUCACCUAUUCUUUGGCACUCUCGGACACUUGGACGAGUUUGGUCAUAGCGAUCUCGUUAAUAUGGAACUCGUACAAACCAGUGGUACUGCAGAUACAUCAUAGCACAUAUUGCUUCCCGCUAACUUUGGAGGCAUUCCGAACUGGCGGUCUACUUACGGGCAUUCUCCAUCUCACGGCUCUAGCUUUUGCUCAUUAUUUGCAAAUCCGAAGGCCAUUUGAUCAUCAAAAGUUGUUGUCAUUGAGAACAGUACAGGUGAUUGUGUUUCUCAUUUGGGCUUUGCCUCCUCUGAGUCUCAUUAUUUACUCCAGUAGCUGGCCGGGACAAGGUUAUAGGAACGACGCUUGCAUUGGCAUCGCUUUUUACGAGAAUUUCUAUUUUCGUGCUCUAAUCUCACUGAUCAUUAUUGUGCUGAUGAUUACCACAAGCAUUCUUUACUGGAAAAUGCUGUCAAAACUCACUGAGGUUCGCUCAAAAACCACUGCCGCGACAUCUGUACGAGGUCGACGUACUGUCGUGACGGCGGCACUAAUUUUCGGCACGUUCCUGGUUGGAUGGAUGCCAGCUAGCAUCCUAUUUCUGUUGACCGCCGACGGAAUGCCGCUGUUCCGGAAGUCCGGCCUACUCGUUAAUGUGCUUUCAAUCGUGGUCCUUAUUAACAUCAUGAUCAAAUCAAUGACAAAUCCGAUCAUCUAUGCUACAAGGAUUCCCGAAAUCCGACAUUUCGUGCUGCAUCGACUGCUCUGGAAAAUCUUAGUCACGAUUAGUAGUGAUGGGAAACUAUCACAACCGAAAUGCAAGAAAAUCGCACACUCACCAGGCGGUGAGAUCGCUCGAGAAAGAAUAAAACUGCAAGAUUGA